UCAGGAUCGUGUGCUCUUGUCACUAAGGAAACGGCCCCUUGCGUCUACUCUGAUAAUACUGUGAAUGGAACCCGAAUGUAGAAGCGAAUGCUUGCGUUUCACUUCCGAUGUGCUCGUCUUCCUCAUGAUGUAAUGCUGUCGCCAUGCCUCUGUUAGUAUGCCUUCGUUCUAUAGACAGAGAGAGUCUCUGAGGACCGGAAGGCCAACUCGGCAAGGGCACGGUCGUGAUUCUACGAGCUAUCACCACGCUGCAGUGGUAGAAGUCGGAGCCAUGGUGCUCCAGAAUAUGUUCAGUGCGCUUUCAUUCCUGCACUACAGAAAAGAUGACGAUUUUGUCGAUAGGUUAUCCUAUUUCUAUACAUCGUCAUUUCUCAUUAUGAUGGCUGUUCUUGUUAGCUUCAAGCAGUUUGGCGGACGACCGUUGGAAUGUUGGGUUCCGGCACAAUUCACCGCUAGCUGGGAAGCCUAUACGGAAAUGUACUGUUGGGCGCAGAACACUUACUGGGUUCCUAUUGAACAGGACAUCCCAGUGGAUAUCUCUGAGCGGGAAUAUCGCCAAAUAUCCUACUACCAAUGGGUUCCGUUCUUUCUCUUGAUACAAGCCUUCCUCUACUAUAUUCCGUGCCUUAUGUGGAGACUUAUGAGUGAUAAGUCAGGUAUACGACUCAACGACAUCGUCCAGAUGGCAACUGAGAAGGAAAAUAUCGAACCCGAUUAUCGGAUUCGUACUAUUGAGUCGCUAUCGAGGCACAUCGAGUCGGCGUUGAGAUAUCAACACACUGCCACUUCAAGAACUCAGUACACUUUGCACAGAGUGUUCAAAUGUUUCAAUAUGCGUUACUAUGAGAGUUACGUCACCGGCAUGUACCUAGCAACGAAGAUUAUGUAUGUGGGAAACAUUCUCACAAAUCUCGUGCUCGUUAACAAAUUCCUGGAGACGGACGAUUACUCUAUAUAUGGCCUCGGAGUGCUGAGGGAUCUCCUCUUCGGUAGGACGUGGAUGGAGAGUGGAAAUUUUCCCCGAGUGACGCUGUGCGACUUCGAGGUCCGAGUGUUGGGGAAUAACCAACGGCAUUCUGUGCAAUGCGUUUUAGUUAUUAAUAUUUUCAACGAGAAAAUUUUUAUCCUCAUUUGGCUGUGGUUCACUUUGCUUUUCAUCGCCUCAACACUCGAUAUGCUUUACUGGUUUAGCAUAUCGAUGUUUCAUAGGGAUCGCUUUCGAUUUGUUCUACGGCAUUUGGAACUCACAUCCGAUCCAGACAAACCUGAGCUUUUUCGAAAAGAAAAGCGGAAGCAGGUUGAACACUUCCUGCGUACAUACCUCAAGGUUGAUGGUGUGCUGGUACUGCGGAUGAUAGCGUUACACGCUGGGGUGAUGUUUUGUACAGAAAUCACUGACGCGUUAUGGAAACGCUAUCUUUCCCAGCAUCCCGAGAAUUUGAUAGAUGAGGAUUCUAGUCUGAUCACUUUCGCGAGAGCGCAGUCGAUCAGGCGGAAACGGCUUAACGAUGGAAGUGGGGGAGGUCCUGAGGGACAAAACCAUCAGCGACUCGGACGGAUACUCUCGCACAGGAGUACGGGCGGUAGCUUUCGCCUCAAUCGCACACAGUCGACGAACCGCUCUCUCAACGAAGGCAAAACGACUCCUACUCAAUCUACUCCUCAAGCGUCCACAACGAGCUUUUCUAAGGUCAAGCCUCGCCGUACCGUCGUUACCAUAACGCCUAACACAGAGCUGAUCGAGCCGAAUGGAGGCGACACAAUUCAGGAGGCUAGCAAGCGGGAAGGCGUCCCACUUGCCGUCUGACAACUACCAUUUAUCGCUUAGAUUACUGCCUCAUUUAUGGAUCUCUAUUAGGCAUUGUACGAAAUUCCACUACUCAUUGCUACGGGUUUCCAACGUUUUCGUCCCAGAUAGCUUUUAUUAAAUCACAUAUUGAAGUCCCAGUUUAUGCAACAUUGUCUACACGUACGAUAAUGAAAUCACUUUCAAUGAAAGCUCAGGCUUGAUUGUCGAAUUUCUAUUUUGAACCAAGAAAUGAUGGCCUUAUGAUCAUGCCGAUAUACUAUUGAUAGAUUCUCUCCAACCCCUUGCCUCAUGCACUUCGCAAGAAUUGAUUUCGCUGAUGCAAAUCGGUCCCUUAAAAUCAAGAUUUGGUGCCAAUAAUGUCAUGAUUUCAUUCUCGCUAACAAUCUCUACAGCUUCCACUGCAAGAGG